GCCAUUUACUAAUCGGCGUUGUUCGGACCACUGAAGGAGCUUUCAGAUUUUGCCAUAAAUAGCACUGCUGUCGCUCACUAAUCUAUUGUAAUAUUUCAACACUAAAUCAUUGAGAUUUUUUUAAUUUUUUAAGGUUCGUAUCAAAGUUGGAAAGAUAUGCUUCGUAAUAAAUGGACCACCUGUUGAAUAUAAUUAUGAUAAUAAAAUGUAACUUCAAAUUAAACACUGUUUCCUACCACAUUACAGUUCAAAUAUCGGCAUGCUUCCCGUCCUUUUCAAUUUCUUGCGUAUAGCAUCUUCGUACGUUUUCAUCCAGAAGGCCAAUGUAAAAAACAAUAAGAUGCCAACAUUGUUGUUCGUAAUGCAAAAUUUUUGAUUCUUGGUCAUCGAAGGUUCAGACAGGAUCCUCUAAUCUCUAACAAACUCCACAAAUUCUGCGAGCGAAAUAAGGCAGUGCCUCGAUUUUGCGCACACAUGCGCUCUUCUGCUUCCACUAAUCUGCAAGAUGGCGCUAAGAAUCUGAACGCUCGCGAGAACUGUCAAUUUAUGUGUUCCUCGAGUCUGAAACGACGAGUUGUCAAUGAAUGAAAGGAACAGGAACAACAACAAUUACCGUGAUUUUAGCGAGCAGCAAGUAUCGUGCCACAGAUUGGACUAUUCGCUGUGCGAGUUGAACACGUCUUUUGGAAUAAAUGGUUUAAUACGAAUCCGUUGAACGCAAUUAUCGCAUAAAAGUACAAUGUCGGACGAAGAGGAUACGGCGAUACUAUUAAACAACUCGAACAAAACCACAGAAACAUGUAUAACGAAGGCUCCAAACGAGGAAUACCAAUGCUUACCACCAAAGAAUUUGAGGAAACCGAUUCCAAAGCAAACAGAUAACUUAACGCCAUUGACAUCGGGAAAUCAGAAUGUGUUUGUCUCCAUGGUGGCUGUUUUGGCAGGUAUUGCCUUUGGCUGCGACAUGGGGGUGCCAAAACCUAUAGCUCCUAUGAUCAAACACGAAUUCAAUUUGAAUUGCUUCGAGAAAGAUUUUGUUAUUAGUAUCUGGUUCAUUGGAGCUCUUCUCGGUGGUUUGACUGGUGGAUUUCUAAUCGACUCGUUUGGCCGCCGUUGGACGAUGAUAUUGACGCUGGUCUUUUUAACUUUCGGCGCAACGCUAUCGGCAUUGGCAAACCAUUACAUCUUACUUCUCGUUGCGCGAAUAAUUUGUGGAUAUUCUGGAUCUGUCUCAACCGUGGCACAUUGCAUUUAUAUGGCUGAGGUGUCCGACUCGAAUAAACGCGGAUAUAACGUAAUGCUGUACCAAUUAGGCACUGCCACCGGAUUCUUGUUUUCCGUUAUUGCCGCUGCCGUGAAGAAUAUAGACUAUCAGUGGCGUUUUUCUAUUGGCAUAACCGCUGUUCCCUCGUUGGCUGCUUGUAUCAUUACCAUUAUAUUUCUUCAACGGUCCCCACCGUUCUUGCUCUAUAAACGCAUGACGAACGUCUCCAAGACACCGUCGAAAAAUGCUUGGCACACGAUUCUUGAAACUUUCACGAUCAUGGUUUUUCUAUUGAUACUUCAUCAGGGUACUGGCAAACGCCAGGUAUUAUAUUAUGCACCACGACUGUUCGCGUUGCUGGGCAUAUGUUCAAAUGUUGCCGAAAUCACGGCUUUGAUAUCUCUUGGCGUAGUGAAAGUGUUCAGCACGGUGCUCUCGUUGAUCAUAGUAGAGAGAUGCGGACGAAGGACCGCGCUUAUCACCUCAGCAACGAUCUGUAUGACAACGAUAUCAUUGUUGUCACUGCUAGCUACAAUAGACAGAAGCGACGAGAACUUGGACAUAGUAACUCCUUACUGUAAGAACUACCGCAACGAGGAGAUCAAGGUUCAGAACGCUAUGCCAGCUGGAUCUCCGCCGCCAUUCCCAUUAUUGCCGACACCAUUAGCCAUGGUUGCCCCUAGUCCAGAGACAUGGACUCAAGUGAAAUCUUCCUGCGAGACGCAAAACAUUAUCGUUUCGGAAGGUCUCACCGGCGGCCUGCGUAUUCUGGCGGUGAUAACAUUGCUCGUGUACGAAGCUGCCUAUGCUUUAGGACUCGGGCCAGUACCACUGCUGAAUAUCACGGAAGUCUUCCCUGCAGCGAUCCGCGGAAAAUGCAUCAGUCUUCUCACUAUCAUCAUAUGGGUGACGCACAUUAUUGCCACGGAGUCGGUUAUCGCUUUGAUCGAAUCGCUGACAUUGGCCGGAUCGUAUCUAUUUUAUAGUUUCAUGUGUUUGAUCACCAUAUUCUACGUGUUCUUGUUCAUCCCGGAGACGAAAGGCAAAUCGCUACAUCAAGUUGCUCAAGAGUUGCGGAAAAUUUCACUCGGCACACGGAUAUGCAAUAACUUGCGCAGCCUGCCAUUAAUUUGUCACAUUAAGUGGAUAAAGAAGUACGACAAAAACGCAGGUGCCGGUCAGAGCACCUUAAUUUGAACAUAGUAAACGAGGUCGUGUACCACGAUGGAUAUACACGCGAUCAAGAUGUGUUUCAAAUGCCAACGAUUUUCCACGUUUUCUAUGUGUAGACGAUUCGCUGUUAGUUUUAACAAGGAUAAAACCGCGAAGGUAUUUAUAAGUUAUUUGUGCAAUAAUAUUGUGUUCAAGAGACGCUGUACGCGAAUAAUGCGUGUCUGGUUAUUUGAACGGAACUUGUUUGACUGCCGAUCAUUGUAUCACAUAUCAGACGAACGUGACGGGGAACGUCUACAUAUGUAAUUCACUUUCAACUGAAAAGACUGACAGUAUAGUUUUAGUUUAUUUUCAAUUUCACUAGGUUCAUUAUUUAUUUUCUCUUUGCUUUUACGAACGUAAUGUUGCAUGAUGCAAUCACUUUAAUGAGAAAUAUGAUUUAUUCCGCGAGCGUAGAAACACGAAGUAAGUAUUAAGUGUACGGUAAAAGUAAUUAAUUGUAUGUUAAAUAGUACAGUAAAGAUUGCACUGAUAAAACUUACGGUAACGUAUGCAUAAUUUAGACACGUAGACAAGCGGGCAAGCGGUGUACGCCACUUCGUAAUAAAAGAUAGGAUUAUUUUUCUUAUAAUAAUAAUAAUCGUUGUUAUCAUUAUUAUUGCAACUGUGCUGUUUUUAGAGAAUUUUUUGAAUCUCGAUGUUUACCACAUACGUUCCGAUCUACUUGUUGUAGUUUCCUUCUACAUCGCAAUAACAUGCAAUGUUUUCCAGUGCCAUUUAAAAAAGAAAAAAAUAUAUACAUAUACAUGGUGA